AUGGCCUCCUUGGGCACGGACGAAGACGAAGAAGAAGAGGCUAUGCUGGUGUCGGGCUACGGCGCCGCAGCUUCUGGGGCACCCGUCUCCAUGGAGCAGGAGUUCGAGGCCUUGGACGCGGGCAAUGGAUGGCCCCAAGCCUACUUCAAGGUGGACGACCUGUGCCGCAACUACCCAUACCACGUGGCGCGGGCCUCGGAGAACAGGUCCCGCAACCGCUACAGGGACGUGAGCCCCUACGAUCACAGCCGGGUUUGCCUGAAGGCGGCGACCCCAAACGACUACAUCAACGCCAGUUUCGUGGUAGUGGAGGAGGCCCAUCGGAGCUAUAUCCUGACCCAGGGGCCCCUGCCCAAUACCUGUGGCCACUUCUGGCUUAUGGUGUGGCAGCAGGACAGCAAGGCCGUGAUUAUGCUCAACCAGUUGGUGGAGAAGGGCUCCAUCAAGUGCUCCCAGUACUGGCCCCCCUUCCAGGGCCAGACCCUCCUCUUCGAGGAGAUAGGCAUCAGGGUGCACAUGCUGGGGGAGGAGGGGAAGCCCUACCACACAGUCCACUACCUGAGGCUGGAGAACAUACUGACAGGGGAGAUGAGGCCCAUCUACCACUUCCACUAUACCAGCUGGCCCGACUUCGGGGUACCUGAAUCUCCUGCCUCCUUCCUUGCUUUCCUUUUCAUGGUUCGGGAGUCGGGCUCCCUCAACUAUGAGCAGGGCCCUGUGGUCAUCCACUGCAGCGCCGGCAUCGGGCGAUCAGGCACCUUUGCGCUGAUUGAUGCCUGCCUGGUCCUGAUGGAGAAGAAAGAUAACCCCUUUUCCCUUAACAUCAGACAAGUAUUGGUGGGCAUGAGAAAGUACCGGAUGGGACUUAUUCAGACCCCAGAACAGCUAAGAUUCUCAUACAUGGCUGUCAUUGAAGGGGCAAAAUUCCUCAUGGGAGAUGAAAACAUCAAGAAAAAGUGGGAACAACUUAGCAAGGAAGAUCAUGCUCGAAGCUACAGCUUUGACAGUUCUCCACCUCCAAGUGGAAUAGUAAAUAGAAGCUAUAAAGCUGUCAGGCUGUUUUUAAAGGAUGAUAAGGAUGAUGAUGAGUCAGAUUAUUCAGAUCUAGCCACUAGACUGCCGGAUUCUGAGGAAGAGAGCCCUGAAGGUGGUGCCCGUAAACCAAGUCGAGAGGAUUGUAAAGCUAGUACCAGUCGGGAUGGGAAUGAGGAGAGGGAGACACCAGCUAAGAUGCCCAAUGUCACUAGCUGUGCCUUGGGCAUUGCCAUUCAUCCGAUGACCUCAGAACGGCAAUUAGACUGCACUGACGUGCUGUUCACAGGAAAUAGCGGAAGGAACCGAGAAAUUGUCAGCUAUGUGGAAUCUACGUUUGAUGGGGGGUGA